GGGGCCGACUCCCGCGGGUCAGCUGAGCGGGCAGGGCGACCAAGUCCGGGAGCGGAUCAAGGUAGGCUGCCCUCUUCGCCCCGCGGGGACGCGCCGACAGGCCACACAAGAGGCGGGUGGCAUUAUUGGUGAAUCUUUUGUUUAUGACCUAGUGUGCAUCGUCCCAGUCAGCCAUGGCGUACAAUGCAGGCAUCGCUGGGGACCCUAACCAGUUAGCACAACGCAUCACUUCAAAUAUCCAGAAAAUCACACAAUGCACUGCAGAAAUACAAAGAAUACUGAAUCAACUUGGAACGCCGCAAGACACGCAUGAAUUGCGGCAACAGCUGCAGCAGAAGCAGCAGUAUACAAACCAACUUGCCAAAGAGACAGACAAAAACAUUAAGGAGUUUGGAUCUCUGCCUUCAAUAAGCGAGCAGCGUCAGAGAAAAAUACAGAAGGACCGACUUGUGAAUGAGUUCACUACAGCACUGACAAACUUCCAGAGGGUCCAAAGACAAGCUGCUGAGAAAGAAAGAGAAUUUGUGGCCAGAGUGCGAGCCAGCUCUAGGGUAUCAGGUGGUGCUCCAGAGGAAAGCUACAAAGAAGGAACACUUGUGUCCUGGGACAGCCAGCCUCAGACCCAAGUACUAGAAGAAGAAAUCACAGAAGAUGACCUUCGUCUUAUUGAGGAGAGAGAGUCUGCCAUCAGGCAGCUUGAGGCAGACAUUUUGGAUAUUAAUGAAAUAUUUAAAGAUCUGGGGAUGAUGAUUCAUGAACAAGGAGAUGUGAUAGACAGCAUAGAAGCCAAUGUAGAAACAGCUGACGUCCAUGUCCAGCAAGCAAAUCAGCAGCUGUCCAGAGCAGCAGACUACCAGCGCAAAUCCCGCAAGAAAUUGUGUAUCCUCAUUCUUGUGCUUGUUGCAGGAGCAACUAUCCUUGGCCUCAUCAUCUGGGGAGCAACAAAAUCAUGAUAUGCUAAAUUACAUAGUAGAGUUUCCAGUCAUGUCUCAUUGUGAAGCUGUUCAGUAAAUGAUGUGCCCAUCUUUAUCACUU